GUAAGCAUGAGGCGAUACUGGGCCAUCGGAGCUCUUCUCUUGGGCAGCCUUCUUAUGGCCACUGCCUGUAAUUAUCGCUGUGCUCCUCAGGAACAUUGUAAAGAAGUGGCACCUAUAUUCGAUUAUCGGUCAAGUGAUUGCGUCUCUCCUGACAUCUGCUGUGCAGUCAUGCGACAGAACAUUUUUUACCCACCGCCCAAUUCGUACUCGAUAAGGCCACACCCACCAGCUUCAUAUGGUCAAACGGUCAUACCAGAAACAAUUCAACCAAAUGGCCCUCAUGAUCGUUAUUCAGGUCAAAACGGUGUAAAAGUAACGUACGGUGGUGCUAAUCCACCACCUUCGACCUCAGGUGGCGGGAGAGCACCAAAUGAUGUGAAUGGAGGCAGCAGCACAGGAGUACCAGGACAUUUUAUCCCAGGAGGAAGGGACCCAACAACCCCCGUUGUUAACUCACAUCCUUCGAUCUCGGGUGUUGGACCUCAAAAUCGAAGGGACCCAACAACCCCCGUUGGUGCACCCGGACAAUAUAACCCAGGUGGAAGGGACCCAACAAUUUCCGAUGUUGGUGUUGUUAAAGGAGUUGAACAGGACCAACAGUGCGGGAUGAGCAAUGCAGAUGGCUUGCAGCAGAUCAAAGGAUUUUCCGAGGAUUACGCAAAGCCUGGACAGUAUCCUUGGGCUGUGGCUCUGAUCCACGAGAAAAAGUACUUGGCGGGCGGAUCCUUGAUUCGCCCAGGAGUUGUCCUAACAGCAGCUCACCGACUGAUGGAAAAGAAUGCAGCCGACAUUGUGGUCAGGGCUGGCGACUGGGACUUGGGGCGCUCUUACGAGGACUUUAAGGUCGAGCAGCGCGAAGUUGAAAGAAUGAAGAUCCAUGAAGGAUUCAAUUUUUCAUCAGGUGCCAACAACUUGGCGCUUCUGUUCUUGAAAUCAGAUUUCCAGAUGUCUGACAACAUCAGAACUAUCUGUUUGCCUGACCCAAGGAAAUCAUUUGAAGGGCGCCGCUGCAUUGUUGCCGGUUGGGGAAAGAUACAUUUCCCGGAUAAAAGCUUCUCCACCAUUCUGAAGAAAGUUGAGUUGCCCAUGGUGGACAAAAGGACAUGUCAGAAUCAACUGAGGCAAACCAAAUUGGGAUCGAACUAUCAGCUACCCGAAAGCCUGAUUUGCGCCGGAGGCGAACUUAACCGGGAUGCGUGCUACGGAGAUGGCGGUUCUGCCCUCUUCUGCUCCGUCAAGGAAUUGCGAAUUAUUGGAGGAAAGGACUCGGGUGUCUUCGAGCAGGCCGGCAUCGUGAACUGGGGCCUCGAAUGUGGACAGCAGGACGUCCCUGGUACCUAUACAGAUGUGGCUAUGUUCAGGUAUUGGAUUGAAGAACACCUGCUGCCCUUCCGGUACAGGAUGGGGGAUAAGCCCCUUCAUUAGGUACUUGGCAAUGUACUUUAAGCGCAAAUAAAAGAAUACGGCACCGAGA